CCUACGGCUAUAUAAAUAGUUGCAUUAUUUGAAAUUCUAUGCUUUCCCUCCAUUUUUCUCUUCCCGGCAUCAAAUUAUGAGCGCAUCAUAUCGCAUUCUGGCCAACGAAAUCUCCAAAAUCCAAACCAAACCCACAAUUUCAAAAGCAUUAACAACUACAAUCCUCGCCCAUCUCAAAGCCAAUCGUCUUCAAAAAGCUGUUUCAACUCUCUUUGUAUCCGAUUCACCCGUCCCUUAUCCUCUCUACGCUCAGCUUUUCCAGUUCUGCUCUUCAAACCUUGCAAUUGUCGAAGCCCGGAAGGUCGAAUCUCAUUUGGUGACUUUCUCUCCGAACCCACCGGUCUUUCUUUUGAAUCGCGCCAUUGAGACAUAUGGGAAAUGUGGGUGUUUGAAUGAUGCUCAAGAACUGUUCGAUGAAAUGCCUCAGAGAGACGGGGGAUCUUGGAAUGCUAUUAUAAAAGCUUAUUCGCAAUCUGGGUAUGCAGAUAAAGCAUUGGGUUUGUUUAUUAAUAUGAAUAAAGAUGGAGUUUUGGCGAAUGCGAUUACUUUCGCUAGUGUUUUAGGGUCUUGUGGUGAUGUUUUUGAGCUUAAUCUGUCGAAGCAAAUUCAUGGGCUUAUUGUGAAGUAUGGAUUUUGCGGAAAUGUUAUUUUGAGAAGUGCGCUUGUUGAUGUUUAUGGGAAGUGUGAAGUUAUGAGUGAAGCUAGGUUAAUGUUUGAUGAGAUUGAGAAUUGUAAUGAUGUUACUUGGAAUAUAAUUGUUAGGCGGUAUCUUGAUGCUGGUAAUGAAACAGAAGCAGUAAAUAUAUUUUUUAAGAUGUUUCAAACAAAUGUUAAGCCUUUAAAUUUUACCUUCUGUAAUGCCCUUACUGCUUGUUCGGCUAUGGGUGCGCUGGAUGAGGGCAUGCAGAUUCAUGGAGUUGCAAUUAAGUUUAGUUUUGCGGCGGAUGAGGCUGUUUCUAGCUCUCUCAGUAACAUGUAUGCUAAGUGUGGGAUGAUAGAGAGUGCUCGUAUGGUUUUUGACCAACCUGGUUUAAGAGAUCUAGUAUCUUGGACCUCCAUGGUGUCAGCUUAUGCAAUGCAUGGAAAAACGAGAGAAGCUAGGAAACUUUUUGAAGAGAUGCCCAAUCGAAGUGUGGUCUCGUGGAAUGCUAUGCUGGCAGGGUACACUCGUUCGCUGCAAUGGGAAGAGGCCUUUGAUUUUCUCUGUUUGAUGCGGCAGACAACUGACGACCUUGACCAUGUCAGUCUAGGACUUUUGUUGAAUGUCUGUGCUGGCCUUUCAGAUCUUGAAAUGGGAAAACAGGCUCAUGGUUUCAUUUAUAGACAUGGUUUCAGUUCCAACAUCCUUGUUGGAAAUGCGAUUCUCGACAUGUAUGGAAAAUGUGGGAACUUGAAAAGUGCUAGAGUUUGGUUUUACCAGAUGAGUCAAUCAAGGGAUAGUAUUUCUUGGAAUGUUUUGUUAACGAGCUAUGCUCGUCACCAUCAGAGUGAAGAAGCUAUGAUAAUUUUUGGAGAAAUGCAAUGGGAGAUAAAACCAAGUAGCUUUACAUUUGGAACUCUUUUGGCAGCUUGUGCAAAUAUAUCAGCACUUGGUCAUGGGAAACAAAUACAUGGCUUCAUGAUUAGAAAUGGUUAUGAUAUAGAUAUUGUGAUCAGAGGAGCUCUGGUUGACAUGUAUAGUAAAUGCCAUUGCCUUGCAUAUGCUCUCACGGUUUUUAGAGACGAAACUUCAAGGGAUGUGAUUGUUUGGAAUUCUGUAAUCUUGGGAUGUUGUCAUAAUGGAAGGGGUAAAGAAGUACUUCAAUUGUUUGAACUGAUGGAAGAGGAAGGAGUUGAGCCGGACCAUGUCACCUUCAAAGGUGUGUUGCUUGCUUGUAUGUACGAGGGCCAUGUUAAGCUGGCAAUGAAAUAUUUUAAUUCUAUGAGCAAUAGGUAUUGUGUAAUACCUAGGCUGGAACAUUAUGAAUGUAUGAUUGAACUUUUUAGUCGGUAUAGAUACAUGAGAGAACUUGAAACCUUUGUUCAUAAGAUGCCAUUUGAUCCCACUGCAUCAAUGUUGAUAAGAGUUUUUGAUGCAUGUAAAGAGCAUGGAUGCUCAAGGUUGGGAGAAUGGGCUGCAAAACAGCUUAAUGAAUUGAAUCCGUCUACUCCUUUUCAAUUUUAGAUCAGAGAUGGAUAUAGAUGUUUAUACCUGACAAUGACAUAUGAGGAAUACAAUGAGUUCAAAGAGUCUCGGUAUUCUUUAGGAGCAAAGUUAUGCUGAACAGGAGAAAGCCAAGCGGCUAUUGAAGAUUUUCUUGGAGAGCAGGUUUUAACAGUUAAUGUUAUGGCACAAUUGCCAGGAGAAUAUUGUCGGCGGAACUACGAUUUUCUCUCUGGACUCCGGUAUAUCAGCAAGCAGAGUUGGUGGUUAAGGAUAUCUGAAGGUAGAAUAUAUGAGCAGAGUUUACCUCAUAGAUUUCUCAUCUCAGACCAUCUCCCAACUCUAUGCUCCCUUAUAUAAUUACUUUUAUGUCAGAUGUUCACUGUACAGUGUUUUUUAUAGUUUAGAAUAUAGAUUACAAUAAGAUAAACUUCAUAA